UUUUCAUCCAGCUUGCAGGUAAAGGGUUACAGAUUCUAGGAAGUAUUAAAUGCAAACUUUGAAGGAUUUUAUUUUCAUCUACAGUCACAUGACACCUUAAUACCCAAUGACACCAACUACAGUGUCUCAUUAAGAGGUCAUGCAAACUCUCAAGCUAAACAAGGCAUUCUUACAUAUUUAACAUUCAAAUGCAGAAGCCAAGCUAAGCCAUGGAAGAUUGUAAUCAGAAAAAAGCUACACUUCCUGAUCCACACAAAAGCUGCAGGCUGAACAACCCCAACUCUCUCGGCCUGUCUUCAUAGAAGUGCUCAAGCCCUCUGAUCACCUUCAUGGCAUCCUCUGGACUCACUCCAACAGGUCCAUGUCCUUAUUGCACUGGGUGUCCCAGAGCUGGAUGCAGGACUGCAGGUUCUUCAAACAGGAGACAGAUUGCUAUCAUUUUGGGCUGAAAUCUGGAGGUUAUUUUGGAAUGUGAAAACUACUUGCUGCUGGCAUCCAUGACAACCAUGUAGAUACUGUUCACUUACUUUAACAUUCUACACCAGCAUGGAUGAAGACAUUUAAACCAAACCUUUCAAGCAGUCAAUGGAACACAGUCUGAAAGAUUAAAGAAAAUCCAGAUGGGGUGCAGAUGCUGCAAAAUGUUACAAAGCUACAUUUUUGAUCCAGAAGAAGUACAAUCACCUAGACACAUUCAUGAAGUAAGCAGCUAUAAACACAAUGAGCAAUUCAGCAAUAAAUCCAAAGAGAACACUGAAAUUCAAGAAAAUAAAAAUGAACUCCAGAAGGAUGAGCUGAAUGGAACAGAAAACAAAAGUCAGAUAAAUAACAGAAAAGAAACUCUCUGGAACCAUGGAAGCAAUGAUUUUCAAGAGGAUGGCCUUGUGAAGUGUGUUGCAAAGCUUGAUGUUGCAGUCAAUGGUGGCAGCUCCUGUGCUGGAGUGCACUCUGUGGUCAACCCCAACACAAACCCAGUGAAAGAGGCCAGUGAACAGGGAACCGUGAGCCAGUCAGAGGCUUCUUCAGCCAAUAGAGACUUUUACACCAAAUCAAACAGGUCUGGACAAGAACGUGACCCAGAGGUGGGCUGGCAGAGGAAGGCAACAUGCAAUGAGUCAAACAGUAUUCAAGAUGAGAACUCCCAGUCUGCAAAAGACAUCUUUCUUAAAGGAAGAGCAAUACUGGAGACACAAAACAAUGCCAUACAACUGCCAGAUAUUAAUUACCCCCAAAAUCACAGUCAAACCAGGAACUAUGUUGAAAAAGACAGCUUUUUAGUCUAUUAUGCACACUCAGACCAAAAGACUGGGCCUUCGGCAGUGCAGGACCAGGACAUUUGUGUAACCCCAUCUCCACCUACGAAGAGCAGUAUUGGACCUUUUAAAACUGACUCCACAAGUUUGAGUGUGGGCAUUAUGGGUGGUAUCACUGCCGUGGCUGUUACCAGAGUAGCACAGGCACCCACACACCCCAACCAUAAAGACAUCAAGGGAGAAAUGGAAGAGGAAGAUGCAGAAGUUGCAGCAGCUCUGGCUGCACUGGAAGCUGCAACUGCAGGGGAAGACCUGGAUGAUGAUGAGUAGUAGAUGAAGGUUUAUUUCUCAUACACUGGGUAAGAUCCAGAUUUUAUUUCUGGAUCUAUAUAUCACACGUAUAGCACAUGUGGACAACUGUUAUGACAAGCACAUAUAAAAGGAGUUUGGACUAAACCUCUGUCCCUUCAGCUGUUUUGUACAGCUUUUAAUUUGUACUGCCUGGAAGCACUCCUUUGGCUAAUAGCAAUACUAACACAUUUAUAUGGCACCAGCUGAGGGGGAAAGUGUCAUUUCUUUAGCACAGGAUAUUCUGCUGUAUACCCACCUCACCUGGACUCAUGCAAAACCCUUUGGUUUUGACCCUCAGGAGGGUCUGUGCAUACUGCGUGUUCCAGGUUCAGAAGAAUUCCAUUAUUUAAAACAGAACUAUAGAAGCCAUGGAGUUAG